AUGGCUAAAGUGGAGUUCUGGUGCGCAGUGUGGCUUGUUGUAUUUGCUUACAGCACGGCUGCUCCGACGGAAUUUAUGGGGGAAAUCAAGAAACAAAAUGAUCCACAAAAGGGUCCACAUCCAGAAAUGGAGAUGGAAAACCAGGACAGCAUAUUAACUCAGCUGCUGGGUGAUUAUGACAAAGUGAAAGCGCUUUCGGAAGGCUCUGACUGUGGCUGUAAAUGUGUUGUCAGACCCCUGAGCAGGAGCGCCUGCCAGCGCAUCGAAGAAGGACGAGCCACAGUGGAGGAUUUCUACACGGUGGAGACGGUCACAUCGGGACCGCACUGCAAAUGCGUAUGCGUUGCGCCACCCUCAGCCUUGAACCCCUGCGAGCGGGACCUCAGGCUGAAGAUGCUACGCGAGGCUGGGAAGGAUAAUAUCAAGCUCUCAACCAUAAUGGAAUUGCUGGAGGGAUCCUUCUAUGGCAUGGACCUUCUGAAGCUGCAUUCAGUCACCACAAAACUACUCAACCGGGUCGAAAAUAUAGAAAGAGUUGUUGGUAAGAACCAGACUGAGGAGAAGGUCACCAUGAGGUCAAAACAAAAGGUGAAAGAAGGCACGCCCACAACACCACCUUCAUUUCGCCAUGAGAAGAAGAAAAGACUGAGUGAGCACAAGAACGAGGCAGCGGCCUAUCAACCCACAGAGGAUAAAUAUGAGGAGAGGUUUGUAGGCAGCGUGCUGAAAAAGGAUGGGCUCAAGCCAGGAACAACCAUACUGGGCAAGAGAGAAAGAGAGGAUCAUGGGAAGAAACAGCAACCCAAGAUGAUCGUCAGAGGAAUCACGUUCUACAAAUCGGACUCCUCGGAUGAGCUAGACACAAAGGAGAACUUGGAAGAAGAUGAGGGUUCCAGCGGUGAUGGCUCGGUUGAUUUCUUCAUUCAAGAGCAGCUCCUCCAACACAAAGCCUCCAGCUUUACACCUGUUAUUAGAGCGUGGUCCAUUCCAACCAAUCCAAAGCCUCAAACCCAAGAGGGAGGAGCCCAACUGAGCAGCAGUCAGGCUCCACAGACUAACACAUCUGACGCUGUUACACACUCUGAAAACAAGACAUUAACCGGCUCAGUGACAGCCUUUCCCAAAACCACCGAGUCCGUCGCAGAAAGCGCCAGCACGAGAGAGUCCAGAACCAUCCCAACACCUGCUGUGACCGAGAGUUCGAAAGCCAACAUACACACCACUCACGCCACUCCUAAAGCCACCACCUCUGUAAUAACAGAGAAAACAAGCAGGGUGGAGCACACUACUUCCAGACUACAAAUAGCUCAGAACAUCCAAGCCAGAUUAUCCAACGUUAUCCACCAUAUAAAACAACAGGAAAUACCAAAUAAUGGUAAUAGCAUACCAUCUGAGGGACAAAACACCGCAGAACCUUUCAACAGUGGUGCAACAGUCUUCAUGGUAACCACAACUCAGGACACUGAUGCUCCCGUUACUUCCAUGGAGGCAACCAGUGUUAAUGUGAAAAAAGAUGCUGAAUUGUUUUGGAGAGGGACAACACAACUACCUACUAUUCAAACCCCAGCUACCAUCAUCGAGACCAAAACUCCCACGCCAACAAUUAGUGAAGCACAAAGCACUUUAAUAAGCUCUACUGGCCCAGAGCUCACCACUGUAACACCAUUAACCUCGGCAGCUGCCACCACGCCAGCUACACCAGAGUUUACAGAGAUGAAGACCGACUUAAACGUGCUGUUUCCCAUGACGACGGAAAGACAAUUAACUACCUCAGAUGCACCUUUAACCACAAGUACAACUGCAACAACGACAAUGACUACAACAACGACAACCCAAAAAGCCGCGCCCGUCAAACGCAAAUACAGCAUCAGCUGGGACGAGGAGGAACAGAACGAGGAUGAGGAAGAGGAAGAGACGACGAAGGAGAGAAUUAUAGCAGAGGAGAACUUUGAGGAGAAACCUCACAGAAAACCAGGGGACUGCAAGGAUACCUUGGCCACCAUUAAAGAGCCUGUUACACACAACACUUACGGACGUAACGAAGGGGCUUGGAUGAAGGAUCCUCUUUCUCGAAGCGAUAAGAUCUAUGUCACAAACUUUUAUUAUGGCAACAACCUCCUGGAGUUUCGCAACAUGGACGUUUUCAAACAUGGCCGCAUCACCAACUCCUAUAAGCUUCCUUACAACUGGAUUGGCACGGGCCACGUGGUCUACAACGGCGCCUUCUAUUACAACCGCGCCUUCUCCCGCGACAUCAUCAAGUACGACUUGCGACUGCGCCACGUGGCGGCCUGGACCAUGCUGCACGACGCAGUGUUCGAGAACGACGAGGUGUCGUCGUGGCGAUGGACCGGUCACUCGGACAUGGACCUGGCCGUGGACGAGAGCGGGCUGUGGGUGAUCUAUCCAGCCCUGGACGACGAGGGCUUCCUGCAAGAGGUUAUCGUCCUCAGCCGACUGAACCCCGUCGACCUGAGCAUGCAGCGCGAGACCACGUGGAGGACCGGACUUCGCCGCAACCGCUACGGCAACUGUUUCAUCGUGUGCGGGGUCCUGUACGCCACCGACACCUACAACACGCAGGACACCAACCUGUCUUACGCUUUCGACACGCACACCAACACCCAGAUGAUCCCGCGUUUGCCGUUCAGCAACAACUACACCUACAACACGCAGAUCGACUACAACCCCAAAGAGAGGGUGCUCUAUGCUUGGGACAAUGGACAUCAGGUCACGUAUGACGUGGUAUUUGCCUACGCAGAUCCACAGUAG